ACAGCAAAAAUAAAUAAAUGACAGAUUGUAAAAAUGUCACGUAUUUGAUUUUUCGUCCUCUUAUUUGAGCUGCUUUAAAUAUUUGGAACGUUUAAAUAAUCUAAUUAAAUAUAGAGCGGGAUAGAGCACAAUCUUUUGUCAGAGAAUGGCUCUUGUAGAAGAUGAUACACUCGCCUUUGGCGAUGAAGAUUUCCAAAGUGGUAAAGGAACGAAUGCAGUCCUAACACACCCAUACGUAACCCUUUUCCACGUAGGAUUUCGAUCAGCCGCGAUAGUAGCAUUUAUGCUCUGCGGAUGGUUUAGCGAUAGUUUUAUAACCAGCUUCGUAACAAUAGUAAUUCUUUUAUCCAUGGACUUUUGGACGGUUAAAAACAUCACAGGAAGGCUGAUGGUCGGUCUACGAUGGUGGAACUACGUAGAUGACAAUGGAAAGUCUCAUUGGGUGUACGAAUCCCGAAAGGAAAACUUACAGAAUCGCAUUAACGAGAGAGAAUCCAGGAUAUUCUGGACAGCACUGGUCCUUACAGAAUUCAUAUGGGGCAUUUUCUUCCUUGUUGACUUAUUUGGGCUUAAGAUAAAAUGGAUGUUGCUAGUUUUAAUAGCUUUAACACUAAACGGAGCCAAUUUACACGGAUAUAUCAGAUGUAAAGUGGGAAACAAGGAUAGUUUGAGAACAGUGACAUCAGAGUUUCUUAAGAAGCAAGUUAUGAGUAACGCUAUCAAUAUUAUAUCGAGGCAGUCGAACGCGCCCCCUGCCAAUCCCCAUAGUCAACCGACAAACACUGUCUGAGUAUUAAAAAAUAGUUUUCGUAUUUAUUUAGUAACUUAUUGUGAUAUAUGCCCUAUAAAUUAUAAACUAUAUGUGUUAUAAAUCUAAGGAAAAUAAUGUUGUAUUGUUUAUUUGGUUUAUUUGCCAUGAACAAUAGUAUAUUACACAAAAAAUACAAAUAUUCUAAUAUAGCUGUAUUAUAAUUUAAACUAUGGAACCAUCUCCAGAAAAACAAGCACAAGACAUUUAUAAUAUUUUUUGUUUAUCACAGAUUAAAUCGUUUUAAAUAAUUAAGUAUAAUAUAAACAAGUUUGACUA